UAGCGGUGUCGCCCGCCGUCGUCGUCGACGUCGCGCUUUUGUCGCUGCCAUCGUCGCCGUCGCCGCUAUCGAGUCAGUUUCAACCCGAGGUUUCGACGGUGGCCUUGAUAAGGAGUUCACUUACAGCGCUUUCGGGAUACGGUAAGGGUGGAAGAACGACGUGAAAGCUUGAACGUGAGGGACGACACUCGUAUCUUACAAGUACAAAUAAGACGGCUGAAUCAUCGAUUUGGAACGGAACAGUAGUACAAGCAGAAUUUGAAACUCCUCCGAAGGAUAAUGUGGGGAAGAGCAAAUAUGGCGGCUGUGAUCCUCCUUCUAGGAUGGCUAUAUGUUUUUGCACAUGUAGAAGCUGGCAACACCGAAGUGACAUCCGCCGAUACCGAGGCGGAAGCUAUCCUCGAGCGAGCAGCCACGUGGCUAUGGAGUCAACGGGACAAGGAUGCCGGUUGGGGUAACGACACGCAUCGAGUGCUUCUGGUCCUUCGUCUGGCGAAUCUUACUCGCGAUGAUGUCACGCCGCCAGCGCCAUCGCUUGAACUGCAACUCACUGCUAAGCAGAUGGAGUUGGAAAUCGUGCUUCUGCUUUGGAGACAUCGAGAAAUUGGAUUUUCCCCAGUUAGACUGGCACGCUACACUCUGGCUCUGAAUGCGAUGUGCAUGGAUCCGCGACAAUUCCAUGGCCACGAUCUGAUCGGUACGUUGCAGCAUCACGAGCCGCCGACCGAUUAUGAAUUCACGUUGACCGCCCUUGCCGCAUGCAGCGCGCAAGCACAUGUGCGCAAACGGCAGAUGCGUCGUCUUCUGGACAUCGCAAGUGCUCCACAGAACCAUAAUGUUGAUACCAUCGCGAUGUUGAUCCUGGUGCUGCGGUGUAUUAGCCAGGACCACCGACAUCGCAACAUCCAUCACAUUAUUCGCAAACCAUCAACGGUUCUGGCGCAGCAGCAAAGACUCGAUGGCAGCUUUGGUGAUCUGCACACCACCGCGUUGGUAAUGCAAGCACUCGAGGAAGUGGAGAACGAGCCAGCCGACAAUUGGAACAGAUCCGCGGCAUUAGCCUGGUUAAUCAGUCAGCAACGAUCAGAUGGUUCAUUUCACGGUGAUGUCCGAGCUACCGCUGAGGCGAUAUUGAGUGUCACACCACGUGGAUUAGCUAGCAUCCGAACCCUCGACUGUGGACAGGGUUUAUCAGACAAUUCGCCACCUCGUCUAACUACGAGCAAUAGAGUUGCAGACAUUGGAACGUCUGACAAUCACAGCGAGAUCACUCUGCCGUCAGAAGCGUCAGGAGAUAACACGAGCAACGUGGACACCACGAUUGCAUACACUUCGGCGCCAGUGUUGGUGAAUGUAUCGUAUACUCUAUGGGUCGGCAGCAACGUGAACGAGACCUACAACUUGACGGUGACGGCACCCAAAAACGAGACCUUCUAUGGAGUGAUGCUGUUGGCGGCGGAGAUGUCGCCUCAUUUUGAGUUCCUGGCAUCCGAAUGGCCUAACGGCCAUUACGUUCACACACUAGCUGGCUACAAGGAGGAGCCGAUGUCCUAUCACUACUGGCUCCUUUACAGAUUGCCCUCGCCACCGGAGCCGUCCUCGCCGCCUGGAAAUCAACUGGUCGCACCCGGAGGUGUCGACAAUUUGCAGAUCAGCGAAGGAGAGCACUAUCUCUUCUGGUAUAAGAAGCUAUGAAGCACGCGGCGAGAGAAAUAAACAGAGCAAAGUAACAAAACCAAAGAAGAAGUGGGAAAGGAGAGAAAACUGCUUUGUAUAAGAGGCAAACAAAGUUAUAUAUAUAAAUAAGAGAGAGAAAUAGAAGAAAGGAAACGCGAUCUCGAAGCUUUAGAGAUCCAGUAUUUACUGCCAUCGUUAACGUAAAGAAAAAAUCGACACGUAAAGAAAUAAUUAAUUAAUUAAUUUUUAAAAAAUACGCGACGCUGAUAAUGGAAAAAUUAGGCGAAGAAGAAAAAUAUAUACAUAUAUACUUACUAUAUACAUACACAUAUACACAAAACACAAUUGAUUUUUGUAGUGAUUUUUAAAAUUCCGUUCCAGUGGCUGAAUACACAUAAAGGGUGAGAUACGGAUCUCAAUUGAUACGUCGAUAUUAAAGGCCAUUGCACGUAAAAAAUUUUUAGUCGUAACCGUAAGAUUCUACCAAUCACGUUGCUCGAUUCGGCCAUCCGUAACCGUAGCAGUAAGAAUCAAACAACGCGAUUGGUCGAAUCCUACGGUUAUGACUAAAACUUUUUUACGUGCAAUGACCUUAACAUAUACAAUAUACAACAAAAACAACUCCACUUAACACGUUGAACGCCAGUGACUAGACAAAUGUGUAUCUAGAUCUGGAUCUAGGAUAUAGAGGUGGAUGGAAUCCGAUAUAGCUCACAUUGGGCCAGUUUUGCCCUCUCCGACCGAUUAAAUUUAAGAUUUGCAACUGCAAAGCUUAAAACUAACCAACUUUACCCACAUUUACAAUAAAAUGUUUGUGCUUUGCAGUUGGUAAUUCUUAAUCGACCGAUUAAGUUAACCGGACAUGAAACUGGCCCAUUGUUAAUUGGUCAAGUGAACACUAGAACUCUCUGAUUGAUCAAUCGUGCUGGUGACCCUAGACACUGUUCGAUAUGUGUGAAUGUAUGCUAACGAGACUCUCCUCGGCACUUUUGCGUGUUUGUAAAAAAUAUUUUAUUGAUUUGCAACCAGCUGUAUUUAGAGAGUUGCAUAGAUACUUAUAGAUGACCGAAAAUUUCACAAAUUUGUUGCAAAGAAUAUUGCAACGUCGUUCGUCACACUGUUAUUGCGCGUACAGUCCUAGUAUCUCAUAGAAUCAAGCCGAGAUCAGCCGCGCUGCAUUCAACGUGUUUAUUAAAGUUUACUAUAAUAAGCUACGUACGUGACGUUUUCUAUGAAAUCGCAAUGUGCACAAACAUACUUGUACUUAUAUCGUAAUUAAUUCGUAUUCACAAUAAAAUCGAAUAGCAAGUACUCAUUAGCAAAUAUGCGUCCCCGAUGUUCCCAAUCCGGUUGUAACGUGUUGAUUUAGAGUUUGAUAUUUGAGGCUUUCGCGGUAUACAUGAAUAUUGGAAUUGGUUUUCGGGUUUGAAUCGCGUAGACAACAGUUCACAUUUUGUUUAUUAAAAAAUUAUGACAAAAUAUAUCCUAUAUUUCCAAAAAAUCUAAAAUUGCGAACCUGGUGGAACUUUGCAGAUAUACACCUCAUUUCGAACUGAAAACAGGGGAUAAACGGAAAAAGCAGGGAAAAAUUUUGUUGCUAAAAAAUUUUUAAUAAAAAAUGAGCGAAAUGUAAAAUGUAGACUGUUUAAUAUUUCGUGAACAUUUUAGCUCACUUUAUCAGGGAGGAACAGCCUGAUACUUACAAUUAGUAUCUAUAGUACCAGUUCAAACAUUGGAAGCGAACAAAAAGUCUACAGUCUACGCGGUUUAAACCCGAAAAUCAAUUCUAAAAUGUAGAAUUCGUUUUUUAUUGCUGCAUUGGUGAACUAGUGCAUUCUGGUGCAGUAAAGUAGAGUGAAACAAAAUGUAUAUAUUGCUUUAUUUUAACUUAUUGCACCAAUGCGUACUAGUUCGCCAUUGCAGCAAUAGAGAACAAACCCUUACUAAACGAAUACACUCGUGAUUAAUGAGAAUAAAUGACGAAUAUCGAAUAAGUAAGUAAGUAAAUAAUUAAAUAAAAAAUGAACAAAAACUACGAAUCUGACCUGCUGCUGCAACAUCGAAAAAAAGAAAGGACAAAAAAUGCGUAAAAUGAAAAUGACGUACUAUCGUUUGUACCUAUACACGAUAUGUAUCAUUUAUCAAGCAGCUCGGACUGUAAUGUAUGAUUUCAUUUUUUCUUGGAAUCAAUAAAGGACUCAGUAAAAUAUAUAGGUACAUUCGCAAACCUAAA